UUUAUAUUGUCAGGUUGGGGAGAAGUCGGUCAUUGUGGCUGCUUGUGGGGGAGGGGAGGCUGUACUGUAUCAGAAAUCACACACAAUGCUCUACUUGUGGCUCAUAACUUUAUUCAACUUCACCGUAAAUCCCCUGCUUUUUCCAUCAACAUUUCUAUUUAGGGAGUUCAUAACUCCCAUGUGCUUGGUUAAUCACGCCCUGUGUAUGCUGCCACCUGAAGAGUUUAGUGCACGUUGGCACCAAGUCCUCUCCCCUCCCCGUCUCUCUGCGCGCUCUUUAGCACUGAGUCAUUAAGUAUCUAUUUCCUUCUCCCAAACCGUUCUUCCAAAAUGAAUCGCUUGUUAAAUCCCAAUCUGCCGGCCUACAAUUCUCCGACUGGUAGUUAGAAUCAUAGAAUUCGUACCGUGUGCCAGCAUUCGGCCCAUCGAGUCCACACCGAGCAUCCCUCCCGUAUCAUCCCCAUCUCCCAUGGCUAACCCACCUAACCGGAACAUCCCUGAUGGGCAAUUUAGCACCCACCCACCCUACACCUCUUUGGAGUAGGAGGCAGCCAGAACACCCGGAAGAAACCCGUGUAGACACAGGGAGAACGUGCAAUCUCCACAAACUCGGGACCCUGGCGCUGAGAGACAGUGCUACCCUGUGCAAUUGUUUCCUGCCCCAUAUUACAAGAAUGUCUGAUGAUGAUGAUGUUCCGUUGCCUAAGAAAUCUCGGAUUUAUUAUGGAAGCCUUGAAGAGAAGGAGAAAGAGAGGAUUUCCAAAGGAGAUGCAGGAUACCUGGGGAAAGAAGCUGUGAAAGCUGGGGUAGAAGCUGGACAUAUUAAUAUAUCCAGCAAUGAGUUCUAUGAGGUCGAAGAGCACGUCAGUGAGAGGCAAGCGGAGGUACUGGCAGAGUUUGAACGCAGGAAACGAGCACGGCAGAUUAAUGUCUCGACAGAUGACGCAGAAGUGAAAGCCUGUUUACGAGCACUUGGAGAGCCAAUCACACUUUUUGGGGAAGGACCAGCAGAACGACGAGAGAGGUUACGUAACAUACUGUCUGUGGUGGGUGCUGACGCCUUGAAAAAAACAGAGAAGACAGAAGAUGCAAAGAAAAGCCGACAGGAGCAUCAGCAAACCUGGUAUCAUGAGGGCCCCAGCACCUUGAAGACUGCUCGUGUCUACAUUGCCCGCUUUUCUCUGCCAAGAGCUGUGAAGCGACUGGAGGAAGCCCGGGCAAACAAGGAGAUUCCGGAGGCUUCACGAACUGCGCGACAGCAGGAGCUCCAUAAGAGCUUACGGGCCCUAAAUAAUUUCUGCAGCCAAAUUGGUGAUGACCGACCCAUCUCCUACUGCCAGUUCAGCCCCAAUUCCAAGCUCCUGGUUACAGCUUCUUGGAGUGGGCUCUGUAAGCUUUGGGGUGUUCCUGACUGUAGUCUUAUUCGUACACUGAGAGGUCACAGCACAAAUGUGGGUGCCAUUGUAUUUCAUCCCCAAGCCACCAUCUCACUUGAUGAGAAGGACUGUAACAUGGCAUCAUGUGCCGCUGAUGGCUCAGUGAAACUCUGGAAUCUGGAAAGUGAUGAACCAGUAGCUGACAUUGAAGGACAUACCAUGCGAGUUGCUCGAGUGGCUUGGCACCCAUCAGGCAGAUUCCUGGGCACCACAUGUUAUGACCACUCCUGGCGACUCUGGGAUCUGGAAGCUCAGGAGGAAAUCUUGCACCAGGAAGGCCAUAGCAAGGGUGUCUAUGACAUUGCCUUUCACCGUGAUGGCUCACUGGUGGGAACUGGAGGCCUAGAUGCCUUUGGGCGGCUAUGGGAUUUACGGACGGGUCGAUGCAUCAUGUUCUUGGAGGGACACCUGAAGGAGAUCUAUGGGAUCAGCUUCUCUCCUAAUGGAUAUCACACAGCAACAGGAAGUGGAGAUAAUACCUGCAAAGUUUGGGACCUUCGCCAGCGGAAAUGCAUCUAUACCAUCCCAGCACACCACAACCUCCUGUCUGCGGUCAGGUUUCAGCCCACAGAUGGACAUUACCUGCUUACUGGUGCCUAUGACAACACUGCAAAGAUUUGGACACACCCUGGGUGGUCACCCCUCAAAACCAUGGCUGGGCAUGAGGGCAAGGUGAUGGGCUUGGACAUCUCUCCAAAUGGGCAGCUGAUCGCCACGUGUUCAUAUGACAGGACCUUCAAACUCUGGACAUCUGAGUAGAUAGAAUGGAGCAGAGCAGUAACUACAGGCCACCCCCUAUUGUGUAGGAGGAGAAAAAUUCCUUCCAGUAACUAAUAUAUGACCAAAAAACUGACAACUGGCCACCAAAGUUCAACAUCUCCCAGAAAUGACGUAUCCAGUCAUCAAGCACUCAUUGCCAGGGUCACCUGGAGACUGCUUUGGUCAUGUAUUUUUAGUGUCUUGGUGAUUGACAGGACUGUUGAGAAUUGGACCUUGCCAAUUCCUGUGAAACUUGAGCUGUUUAUUACCGGUUUAAAUUUACCUGGCCUUGCUCCACAGGAUCAGCAUACCCUGGUGUGGAGCAGACACUAAAGAAGAUCUUCUGUACUUGCAAGAGCAGAUCCCUGAGAAGAUUGUUUUCUUCCUGUUCCUCACUGCCUUCUCAUUUAUAUCAAUAGCUUCAAAGAAACAACACAAGCAGGAACACUGAUUCAAUCCUGGUCGGCCUACAGUCAGAGUCAAAGAUUAGCUGAGCCCAGCAGCUUUGGGCAAACCUUAGUCGGUUUUGAUUGGGUGCCGGAAUCCAGUGAAGUCUACAGAGCUGGGGAUGAAAUGUGUCAGUGUAGUGCUGAGCUCACAGCAGUAUCAGUGAUGACUGGAAUUUGUGUGUAUGCUGUAUUGUGUAAGCCACACAGGUGAUGGUGUUCUCUAGCAAUGCUUUUGUAAUAAAUAUUUUGAUAAAUAAGCGUUGCUCUAA